GUUGAAUUCCGUCAAUGAAUGGGUGAUAACAGUACUCCUCGCUUGUUUGGUCUUACCCGACAAUGAGAAAUUAAGAGCUGAAAAUGCAGAAGCCGUCAAAAACGAUAAAACUUCUUCUUCUUCACAUAAAUAUAACGGAAUAAGUAUUAAUCGCUCAAACUCAAAUAUCAGUUCUUCUGAUGAUUCAGAAACGUCACCAACGUCUCCGCAAUCAUCUAACAAGAACAAUCCUAAUAUUAUUAAGAACAAUACUAAUGGUAACGUUAAUGGCAACGUUAAUGGCAGUAAAGUUAAAAAAAACAAACGUAAGAGUGUCGUGGAACCAUUACAUACUAGUAAUGUAGAAACUACCGAUCAAACAAAUGAUUACCCCAAACCUACCCCAAGGCCCAAAAAAAAUGAUAGUAACAAUAACAGCGGCGAAGGCGAAUGGAUCACUGUUCAAAAAAGAAGAAGCAUCAGGUAUUUGACAUAUGCCAUGAUCCAUCAGUUAGCACACGCAGAUGAUACUGUUAUACCAGUUGAAACAAAUAUGAUUUUGCGAGAAAUGUUAUUUGCCAUUUCUUGGUUAUUGGGUUCAAUAUCGGUAACAACAUAUUUAGCUGGCAUAUUAAGAACAAUACCAAGAAUACGUUUCUAUCGUCAAAAAUCAGAUCCAAAUUAUAAACAAAAACUUAACCUACCAAGUCUUCAAAGUUUAGCCAUCACCUACUUUUGUUACAUAUCUAUAAUAGGAAUCAUAGUCACAACAUGCUCAUUUUUCAUUGGCUAUUUUGAAAUGUAUCCUGACUCUCAUCCAAAUUCAGCAAUGAUAGCAUUCAUUAUGAAAUUGACCGAAUAUGGCGUUUUUGCGAUUUGUUGUUUCUUGAUAUCAUUUGGAUUCAUAAUGUAUGGUAAUAAAUUGAUCAGUAUAGCAGGCGAAGGGAUUAGAAUUGGAAAUGAAGCAUAA